AUGGCCCAAGGCACAGUCAAGAAGCUCGGGCGACCAACCCCCGCCAAGAUCACCCACUCCAAGCGCCAAGCCUCAAAGGUGCACAAGCCCAAGACAACAAAGGCCAGCAUCGACAAGGUGCACAAGAAGUUCACAAGUGGCUUGACGGCGCGCACGGAGGCGCUCCUCGGCGAGCGUGCUGGACAUCUCGAGCUACUCGGACAGAAGAAGAAGAAGGCCGACCAGAAGAAGGACGGCAAGAGACCCGACAAGAGGACGACGAUCAAGGGUGGAUCGAAGAAAUUUGGUUAA